AUGUCUACCGUAUCCUCAGCCCGCCUUCUGCAGUCUACAUUUGCAGGCUCCGGGAGAAAAAUCUUCGCUUCCCGGGGACCUAUGUCAUUGCAAUGUCUCACACCUCCUAGAUUAAGAGCCAUACCUCGCCAGCCAGCAACACCAGCGGGAUUCCACUCUUCUGCUGUUAGAAGAUUUAAAACGGUCGAGGAGGCUAAAUCUCGUUAUCGCAGUGGGCCUUUCUCAUGGAAAGCCGGGCUUCUUUUUCUCCUUUCUGGUGUCGGAUUGACAUUCUAUUUCCGCACAGAGAAGGAGAGAAUGGAACGUAAGAGAAUAGCAGAAAUGUCAAAAGGAGUUGGGAAGCCAAAGGUUGGAGGCCCAUUAAAUUUGGUCGACCACGAAGGGAAAGAGAGGAAGGAUGAGGACUGGAGGGGAAAGUUUAUGUUGGUCUACUUUGGCUUCACACGUUGCCCAGAUAUAUGUCCCGAGGAAUUGGAUAAAAUGGCAGAAAUGAUCGAUUUGGUUAAAAAGAGCAAAGGGAACGUUAUGACACCAAUUUUUAUUACUUGCGAUCCUGCUCGAGAUACUCCCCCAGUGAUGAAGGAAUACCUGGCCGAAUUCCACCCUGAUAUCGUUGGACUGACAGGUAAUUAUUACUCGUCAAUGCAGUCAGUUGGUCCCUAA